UUCCUGCACGGAGAUUGGGGGUGAAUGCGGGUAAUUUGUGUCGCUUAAUAAACUUUUCCAAAAUUCAAGAUGUCAGCCUCCAUGAUCCGAAGUUUUCCCAAAAUUGGAAGAAAAUUAAUGCAGUUAGAAAGACAUGCACCCAUUUUAACCCAAACGAGAAGUAUCAACGACAGACAGAUUAUUGAUAAAACCGUGCCCUAUUUGGCAGAAGAAGAAAAAAAGGUAUCACCAGAUGCAGAAUAUCCAGAUGUGGAGAUUCUCUAUGAUGAGUUCAAGUUUGUUGAAAGAUUGAUCCCGGCCAAAACUAUUCCUUCGGUUCCCGAACAUGAAGUUUAUCCAACACCGUCAGGCUGGGUACCACCUAAUGAGAGCUUACAGCCUAGUGAAUAUAAAGUUAGAAGAACAAGAAAUCAUAUGUUGCCGUGUUACUACACAAAGCACUUCAGCGGUAGACAAACAAUAAAAGUGAAACAUAUAUAUGGAGAUAUAUGGCGACUGAAAGAAGAUGCUACAAAGUAUUUCAAGACCAAGGGAGUCAGGUGUGAAAUACAGGUACAUGAGAUUGGACGAUUUGUGCGCUUCAGAGGAAAUGUACAUGAAACUGUUUCCAAAUUUUUACUAAGUAAAGGAUUCUGAUGACGGACAUGUGAAAGUGAUGAUAGAUCAAAAUGGAUUCAUGGAGUAUUCACUAUUGCCAUAUUAGGAGAAGAUCACAAACGUGAUCAAUAAAUGCAGCUUUUGACAAAAAAGUAAAAGUUUUUUUUUUUUUACGUAAAUAUUCUGAAAUACUGCACUUUUUUGUAAUUUCAGAAUAGAAAUUCUGAUUAAGAAAUUUGACAAAUAAAUGUUACAAAUUGUAAAGAAAUGUAGGUUUUUUUUUCAAUACCUUGCUUUGAAGACAAAUGGAUCGAUAUGGCAAUGGAUUGAUUCAGCUCCAGGGAUAUUUUUACGCUUGUACAGAGAAGUGACUGUAUCACACUGUGUUUAAAUGUUUUCAGGAGGUCUGUCUACUCUAUUACAGAAAAUUAUGUUUUUGAAAGAACAUAAUAAAGACAACAAACAUG